UUCAGAACUUUUCUUGAAUAUUCACAAAAUAGUCUCGUGACUUUAAUGGCGAAAUAUUUAGCUCUUCUAAUUGUUCUCUGGCUUUCUAGAAGUGUUUUGUGUGAAAAUUCACGGGUGUUUACAUUGCCAGAAAUCUGUGAAAUUUCAACAGGACUGAGAAUUUAUGUGGACUUUGGAGUGUCUGGUGAAGUGAGAAGUGAUGGUGCAGCGGAAGGCAGAGUGGCUGAAAAUCCGUGCUUCUUCACACUCGUCACGUGCCCCAGCUGCUCUCUUCGCCUCUCAUGGGCGUUCGAGGGUGGCGAUGGCAUGGAAAAGUUCUCCAUUGUUGAGCCACCCUACAAUGUGGUGGAUGAGAAGACCCUCAGCGAUCCCUCGCGACAGUACGUGACGAAAACCAGGGCGUUGUCUCUGCAAUUCCCUCCAGAGUCAAUCAACAUGACUUUUUCACUCUUGUACGAGAGCCAGAGGAAUACCGUGGUAGUCGCCGAGCCACUCGGUGGGAAUCUCAUGGAGACAAGCCGGCAAAUCCAAUCACCAUUCUUCCCAUCUCUGUACUCGAGAGACUUCAUUGUGGACUACAAUAUUUCUUGCCUCAGUGACGAUUGCAGAAUCAGAAUAAUUUUCACAGACUUCCAAUUGGCUCUCAUAUCGACAUUAGAGAUUUUCGAUUCAAGCCAAGAGCGAAUUCACAUCUUCUCAGGCGCUUUCUUCAGACCACCGAUCAUUUUCAGUCAAGACUCCUCGAUCAGGAUCCGUUUCAGUGCAAACGGUGGCAGUGAUUUGGGCUUCUCCGCCAAUGUGACCUUCUUCUCAGCCACAGAAGCUACAAAUCCUCUUCUUAACCCAAACACUAAUUGCGGAGGAAGCGUCUUGAGUCUCGGAGGAGCGAUUUCUAUGCUGAACAUGAUUGGCGAGGAAGAUGAUCCCGUCUUCUACGACUGCACCUGGAUCGUUAAGCCUUCCCAUCGAUAUUUCCAUCAGCAGGAUCAGCUUCUCUUGCGCGUGCAGUCAUUUAGUAAAAUGGGUGACUUUUCCGACUUGUCUGUCCACCGAGGAUCCACAUCAACGCAUCCUCGAGUGCUGAAAGUGGAACGGCCACACGGAAAUUACACCGAUACACUUGGUGAGAAUCUCAUCGUUCCGCUGACCAGUGGCUUUUACGUCCGUCUUCGUGGCUUCUUCACCCACGAAUCUCGACUUGUGAUCGUGUAUGCGGCUUUUGGGAUGCGUGAUUGCUACAUUGGGACGGGAUUCAUGUGCAAGAAUCGCCACUGCAUUGCCAUCGACUUGCGCUGCGAUGGAUUCGAUCAGUGUGGCGACUCCAGCGAUGAACCAACUUCCUGUCUCACCGAAAAUGCCAGUAAUUGGAAUAGCCACGGGAACUACUUCUUCCCCAAAGUUGACACCUUCGAUGACGAUAACUUGCGAACCGUGUCCAUUCUGCUCGUGAUCUGCAGCUUCGGCUCUGUGAUUCUCAUCACUGUCUUCCUGCUGUACCGCGUGAAUUCGAGGCGAAUGAGGCACCAGAGGAAUCUGCAGACUCACCUUCAGACGAUCAGCGAUCUUCUGGUUGAUUUUCUUCCAGAUCAAAAUGUCAUUCCCGUGCAAGAAGCUGUUGCUGACGAACCGCCACCCAAUUAUGAGGCUCCGCCAGAGUACGAGGAUGUCAUCAGAGUUGGGAUGGAGUAUGAGAUUCGCAGGAGCAAGCGCAGGAACAGGAGUCAAUCGAAGAGGAGGCGUUCUGAGAGUCGAAAGCUCUUCUUGCAAGAGGAGAACACACCAAUUCAGGCUGAUGCUCUUCAGCAGACCGCCGAAGAGGGCAUUCUGUCUGUGGCGUCGAAUCCAGAGGAACUUCCAGGCGCCACAUCGUCUCGCACACUUGUCGAGAGACUUGAUUGUGUAGGUAAACUCAGAUCGUCAUCUUGUGAGGCUGCAGAAGCGUGUCCGGAGGCAAAUGAAGCGAAAGUCAUGCAGACGAUCCUGCUACUUUGUUCGAAAUCGACGGAUAAAUAAUAGAUAUGCUGUAUGAUCUGUGCUUUUGGCACAUGUGACCUCAUAAAUGAUUUAAAUUGUGCCUUGUUUUCC